CCUAUGUGGCUAUGUCCUCUGUCAAUUUAUUUAUUUAUUUCCAAUUGCAGGUGUUCUUAGAUUUUUCAUUUAUUAGCAUUUUUAUGCUUCUUCCCCCAUGUCAUUAAAUGGAGCAGCUUGUUUAUAUAUAUACAAGAAAGAGGAGAGGAGGAAAUACAUGGUGAUGACCAUGACGGUGGUAAUUUAGCAGCUUCAUACAAUAAUUUGAUUGCUUCUUUAGAGAAUUCCUAUCUAGGUAGACAGCCAGGCUUUUUUAUUGCAAAUCCGCACCUACCCCUCUUGUCACGGAUUGAUUUGACUAGGUGUCGUAAAUCUCUUGGAGAACAAGAUCUUAUGCUGUUUUGUUAAUUGUCUUUUCAAGGUAAUAAAAUUAAAGUUUGUAUUUUUUUUUCACGGUCUUGUAUUGUAUCAUUCAAUCAGACCUUUUUCCCUUCUGUCUAUCUCUGCAAGGAAAGAUUAGAGACAGAUUUGUGCUACUUUUGUUUUAGGUGUUGGAUUUGAUCCAUUUAGUUGUAAAGCUGGUGGGGGUGUUUUGAAAAGAAGAAGCUUUUUAUGUGAAUUGUACUGGUUGAGAUCGCGUUGCAUGACUUUUCGCUGUUUUGAGCUUCUGGGUAUUUUUAGUUUAGUGUAUUUUUGUGUGUGGUAAGUUGUUUCUUGAACUGGGUUAGGUUUUCAUAGGUGUGUUGAGGUCAGUUCUGGGUCAAGGAGUGAUAAAGAAGUUGAAGGUGCAUGUUUGAGGUUAUUGGAAGUGGGAUGGUUUCUUUCAAUUUUGGAUCGAUUAGGGUUUCGUGAUUGUCUGCUUACUGAUGAAAUGAAUAAUUGGUGUUAGAUAGUGGUGGAGAUUUUGAUUUCUUGAUUGCGAUGUUUGUAUCUCUUGAUUCGAGAUGAAAAUUUUUGGAUAUUGUUAGUUGGUUAAGAGUGGCAAAUGAAUAUAGCAUAAUGAACGGGGCAGUAAGGAUUGGUUUUAGAUGAAACCUUCCGGCAAGACGUUUUCUGAGCUAAUUUGCCUUUUGAAAUCCUGGAUCCCUUGGCGCUCUGAGCCUGCUAGCGUGUCAAGGGAUUUUUGGAUGCCCGAUCAGAGUUGUAGGGUAUGCUACGAGUGUGAUUCUCAAUUUACAGUAUUUAAUCGCAGACAUCAUUGUCGACUUUGUGGCCGAGUUUUCUGUGCCAAGUGUACAACCAACUCAGUUCCUGCUCCAUCAAGUGAUCCGAGGACUGUUCAGGAAGACUUGGAGAAGAUUCGGGUAUGUAAUUAUUGUUCCAGGCAAUGGCAGCAAGGUUUAGCUACUUUUGAUAAUGGAAUACAGAUUCCCAGCCUAGAUCUUAGUAGUUCACCUUCUGCAGCAAGUUUUAUCAGCACUAGAUCUUGUGGCACAGCUAACAGUAGUAGUAGCAUCACUGGUGGUUCAUUGCCAUACAUGGUUCGGCCUAAUCAGCAAGCUGAGCAUAGUUCACGUCUCAGCCCUCCUCAAGCAACAGAAAUGGAUAACAGUUCUGAUAAGCAAGGGGAAGUGGAAUCGGCUAGGUGCAAAGACCCUGUUGCUGACAUAGAAUAUAGAUCUCCAGGCGGAUAUGCAUUUUCGGUGAACAGUACCAGAAGUGAUGACGACGACGACGAGUAUGGUGCAUAUCGAUCUGAUUCUGAAACAAGGCAUUCUCCUCAAGUCAAUGAUUACUAUUGUCAAGUUGAGUUUGAUGACAUAAGUAAUGACGGUGGAUCUUGCAAGGCUCAUCUUGAUGGAGAAACUAUUGAACCAAAAAGUUUAAGCAGUUCUCCAUUAAGGCACAGUUUUGGUCCACAGAAUUUGGAACGAAUGCCACAGCUCAGGAAAAGGGAUGAACGGGAGAUGGAUGAUGAAUGUGAAGUACCAUCCUCUAUGUAUACUGGAGAAGAUGGUAACACUGAACCUGUGGAUUUUGAGAACAGUGGAGUGCUUUGGCUCCCCCCCGAGCCAGAAGAUGAAGAAGAUGAGAGGGAAGUCGGUUUUUUUGAAGAUGACGACGACGAUAGGGAUGCUGCAGGAGAGUGGGGAUAUUUACGGGCAUCUGGAAGUUUCAGAAGUGGAGAAUUUCAUAACAGGGAUAGGUCAAGUGAUGAGCACAAGAAGGUCAUGAAGAAUGUGGUUGAUGGGCAUUUUAGGGCUUUGGUAUCUCAGCUAUUACAGGUUGAGAAUGUUCCUGUGGGAGAUGAAAAUGAUAAAGAGAGCUGGUUGGAGAUCAUCACAUCUUUGUCAUGGGAGGCUGCUACUUUAUUAAAGCCAGAUAUGAGCAAAGGUGGAGGAAUGGAUCCUGGUGGAUAUGUGAAAGUAAAAUGCAUUGCUUCUGGACGCUGCUGUGAGAGUAUGGUGGUCAAAGGUGUUGUUUGUAAGAAAAAUGUUGCUCAUCGUCGAAUGACUUCAAAAAUAGAGAAACCUCGAUUAUUGAUCCUUGGAGGGGCUCUUGAGUACCAGCGAGUUUCUAAGCACCUGUCAAGUUUUGAUACUCUAUUACAGCAGGAAAUGGAGCAUUUGAAGAUGGCAGUGGCAAAGAUAGAUGCACACAACCCUGAUGUCCUUUUAGUGGAGAAUUCAGUAUCACGACAUGCACAGGAAUACCUUCUUGCUAAAGACAUAUCUCUUGUUCUUAAUAUCAAGAGGCCACUUUUAGAACGUAUAGCCCGCUGCACAGGUGCUCAAAUAGUCCCUUCAAUUGAUCAUCUAUCUUCCCCAAAGUUGGGGUACUGUGAAAAGUUCCAUGUGGAGAGGUUUUUGGAAGAUCUUGGUACUGCUGGGCAUGGUGGGAAAAAACUGGUGAAGACAUUAAUGUAUUUUGAAGGCUGCCCAAAGCCAUUGGGUUUUACUAUUUUACUUAGAGGUGCUAAUGGGGAUGAGUUGAAGAAAGUGAAACACGUGGUCCAAUAUGGUGUUUUUGCAGCAUAUCACUUGGCUUUGGAGACAUCUUUUCUUGCUGAUGAAGGAGCAUCUCUGCCAGAACUCCCGCUGAACACUCCAAUAACCGUUGCACUUCCAGAUAAACCAUCAAGCAUUGAGAGAUCAAUAUCAACUGUACCUGGUUUCACUAUUGCUGCCAAUGAAAAAUCUCAAGGGUUGCAAUCAAGCAAUGAACCACAAAGAUCAUAUAGCGCCCCUACUGCAAGUCUGGUCUCAACCAUCAUCGGUUCUUCUGUUGACAAUGUACCUGCAGCAGAUUGUCCCAGCUCUCAAUCCUCAGAAUCCACUUCAUCUCGCUUCAAUUCAACUGAAUUUCUUUCUGCCGUUCCAUAUACUGAGAAAGCUGUAUCAGCUUCUCUGGUUGCUGAAAUUGCUGCGGCUGAUCAUCUUACUGCCAGUGGCUUUGGGUCUUCAGAUGGUGUUGCAAUGAACUCUUCCCUGAAUGAUUUCAAUGAAAUCAUCACAACUCAGCCAUACAGUUCAGAGGUAUCAUCUGCUCAACGAGAUUCUAGAAGGACUCUUGAGGAGCCAGAACCUUUAAAAGAAGAGUUUCCUCCAUCACCUUCAGAUCAUCUGAGCAUUUUGGUUUCCUUGUCUUCCCGGUGUGUGUGGAAGGGGACAGUCUGUGAGAGGUCCCAUCUCAUCCGCAUUAAAUACUAUGGAAGCUUUGACAAACCUUUGGGUCGGUUUUUACGAGACCAUUUAUUUGAUCAGAGUUACAGCUGCCGUUCUUGUGAGAUGCCAUCAGAAGCACAUGUUCAUUGCUAUACUCACAGGCAAGGAACCCUUACUAUAUCUGUUAAGAAGCUACCUGAAAUACUGUUACCAGGUGAACAGGAUGGGAAAAUCUGGAUGUGGCACAGAUGUCUGAGGUGUCCACGUAUCAGUGGUUUUCCUCCAGCUACUCGGAGAGUAGUAAUGUCAGAUGCUGCUUGGGGUUUAUCUUUUGGGAAAUUUUUGGAGCUUAGUUUUUCAAAUCAUGCAGCUGCAAGCAGGGUGGCAAGCUGUGGUCAUUCUCUUCACAGGGAUUGUCUUCGUUUCUAUGGUUUUGGGAAAAUGGUUGCCUGCUUUCGAUAUGCAUCAAUUAAUGUUCUCUCUGUAUACCUUCCUCCCUCGAGAGUUGAUUUCAGCUUUGAGAAUCAAGAGUGGAUGCAGAAAGAAACAGAUGAGGUGGUCAAUCGGGCAGAACUUCUACGUUCUGAAGUACUCAAUGCUCUUAGUCAAAUCUCAGAGAAACGAUGUAAGAUUGAGCAACUUAACAAUGGCAUGAAACUACCUGAAUUGAGACGCCAGAUAGCAGAACUUGAAUUGAUGUUGCAAAAGGAGAUGACAGAAUUUGAGGAGUGGCUCCGCAAACUCUUGAGCAGGAAAGUGAAAAAUGGGCAACCUGUUAUUGACAUUCUUGAGAUCAACAGACUGCGGAGGCAGUUACUCUUCCAGUCUUACAUGUGGGACAACCGUCUGAUUUAUGCAGCCAGUUUAGAUAACAGCUUCCAUGAUGAUUCAAACAGCUCAACUUCAGGAUAUGAGGAGAAACUGCUGGAGCCGGAUAAUAGUGAUAAGCUCGUUGAGGAAAACAUGGGACUCAGGCCAGGAAAUGGUUUCAGUAGCUGUGACUUUCCUUCUGUUGAUGCCAAGCUGCUUAAAGGCUCUGACCAGAAAGGAGGCUUUGGUAGCAACACAAACCUAUCUGACAAGGUUAAUCAAGAAAUGGAUGUGUGUCCAGGCCCCAGUCAUGGAAAAGAAGGCCAUGCUAAUCUUUGCACUACCAUGUCUGCCCAUAAUCUAUCUGACAUUAAGGAAUCUGGUGGAAAUUUUUUCAGGACCCUUUCUGAUGGACAGGUUCCUAUCAUGGCAAAUCUAUCGGAUACCCUUGAUGGUGCAUGGACUGGUGAGAAUCACCCGGGAGUUGGGACACUAAAGGAUGAUAAAAAUAGGCUUUCUGAUUCAGCUAUGGAAGAAUCUUCAACCACUGCUGUGGGAUUGGAGGGGGUAGAUUUGGAGGGCCAUGCCAAAGACCGAGAUGGAUCCAAAGCAUGCUAUUCUCCUUCACCUUCAUUGUCUGCCAAGGACCCUGAUAACAUGGAAGAUUAUAUGAGCUGGCUAAGAAUGCCAUUUUUGAAUUUCUAUCGUUCAUUGAACAAGAAUUUUUUAACAAGCUCUGAGAAGCUUGGUACUCUGGGUGAGUAUAAUCCUGUUUAUGUUUCAUCCUUCAGGAGUUUGGAACUCCAAGGUGGGGCUAGGCUACUUCUGCCUGUGGGUGUGAACGACACGGUCAUUCCUGUGUAUGACGAUGAACCCACGAGUCUGAUAUCUUAUGCUUUAGUGUCACCAGAAUAUCAUGCCCAACUAACUGAUGAGGGGGAAAGAAUAAAAGACACUGGAGAAUCCAAUUCUUUCUCAAGUUUAUCUGAAUCAUUCCACUCUCUCGAAGAAGUAAGCUUUGAUUUGUAUAAAAGUUUUGGAUAUACAGAUGAGAGCAUCUUGUCCAUGUCUGGAUCACGUAGCUCCUUGAUUUUGGACCCACUCUCCUACACAAAGGCUAUGCAUGUCAGAGUUUCUUUUGGAGAUGACGGCCCAGAUGGUAAGGCAAGAUAUUCUGUGACUUGUUACUAUGCUAAGCGGUUUGAAACCUUGAGGAGGAUAUGCUGCCCAGCUGAACUUGAUUUUGUAAGGUCUCUUAGUCGUUGUAAGAAGUGGGGAGCUCAAGGUGGCAAGAGCAAUGUCUUCUUUGCAAAAACCUUAGAUGAUCGCUUUAUCAUCAAACAAGUCACAAAAACAGAAUUGGAGUCGUUUAUAAAAUUUGCUCCUGCUUACUUCAGGUAUCUCUCUGAUUCAAUUAGCUCAAGAAGUCCAACAUGCCUGGCAAAGAUUUUGGGAAUUUACCAGGUUACAUCGAAGAAUCUGAAAGGUGGGAAGGAAACGAAGAUGGAUGUUCUAGUUAUGGAGAACCUUCUAUACAGGAGGAAAGUGACCCGCCUUUAUGAUCUUAAAGGAUCUUCCCGGUCACGGUAUAAUUCAGAUUCUAGUGGGAGCAACAAGGUUCUGCUGGAUCAGAACUUGAUUGAAGCAAUGCCAACCUCUCCCAUUUUUGUGGGAAACAAGUCAAAGCGGCUGCUGGAGAGAGCUGUUUGGAAUGAUACUUCUUUUCUUGCAUCUAUUGAUGUAAUGGAUUACUCAUUAUUGGUUGGGGUUGAUGAGGAGAAGCAUGAGUUGGCUCUUGGGAUAAUUGAUUUCAUGAGGCAGUAUACAUGGGACAAACAUUUGGAAACAUGGGUUAAGACUUCAGGCAUACUUGGCGGGCCAAAGAAUGAAUCUCCAACUGUUAUUUCUCCGAAGCAAUAUAAGAAAAGGUUUAGGAAAGCGAUGACUACCUAUUUUCUGAUGGUCCCAGAUCAAUGGUCCCCUCCCUCCAUCAUUCCUAGUAAAUCCCAGUCUGAUUUGGGCGAAGAGCAUGCACAAGGACAUACUAUAGCCUGGUACUGUGCAAGGACUAAGAGUAAAGUAGAUGAGAUAAAGGACACGAUGAAAAUGUAACAGUUGAUUUGGUGGUAGCAUCUGUCUAGCAUUGUUUGGCAUUCUGAUCUCUGUAAAUCAAGAUGCCAUUUUUCGUUUUUGUGGCAUAAUGAACCUUGGAUUACUUUGCUGAAGCAAGUGCCGAAUGAAUGUGUUGCAAAUUGACUUUGGGGGUAAAGUUACUUGGUCAAACGAGCUUUGUAUUAGAGUAAAACUUGCAGCCAGCUGGUAAUUGCUUGUCAAACAUGAUAUGCAGAUUCACACUUUCAUCUUUCCACCUUGUUACUAGGAUAUUCAAAUCUCUUUGUAGACGCUCUGAUGCAUAAUAUAUUUGAAAAUAUUCAAACUGUUUGAUUUCUAGCACAAGAAUCAUGUCCUGUGUUCUGCAAGGUGCGUUUCCUGCGCUUCAUUUUUGUCAAAAUCUCUCCUUAGUGAUUGCACCCGAGCUAAAAUAUAAUGGCGUUUGCAAAUGAUUGCGGGUGAUUUUUCAUAGGCCCAGCCAUUUCACCCAUUUAGCUUUGAA